CUUGUUUGCCUUAAAGUUUUCUGCCGGAACCUGCCUAAAUAUCCGACACGCCUCCUACUUCUUAGAGUAUAGCAAUCAGAGGUCCUCAAAAAUUUAGAUCCACAACCAAAAAUGGCAAAGGAUACCAUCGAGCCUGGACCCAGUCCGUUGUUGAUUGCGUUUUCGGAUCACCAUGUCUCCGCUUCAGUGACAGAGCUUGACCACUACCGUAUUCGUGGAGGAAUGGCUGUUGAAACGGAUUACAUUGUGACCAUCACACCCUUGGGAGAAGAGUCCUGCUUUGACAGCUUUACGAUCAGCAAAACCUACUCGGCCUUCCGAACCUUAUCUCACGCGCUCAAAAAAAUUGUAGAUAAGCACACGAGCGCCAACGAAAUUCUCCCACAGAAUGUGAUCAAGACGGCCAAGUACUGCGAACUCGUCAAGCAUCUCAUUGGCUCGCAACGAACAGAGUAUUUGGGUAAGGUCAACUACAUGUACGUCAAGAUUCAAGCCAAGCAGCGAUCAAAACUUCUGGAUGAUGUGUUAGAAGCUACGUGUAAUUACUUCCCUGCGGAUCCCAGUGUACAUCCGCUCGUGUCCGAAGUCGCCACUUUGCUGGAAACCUUCUUUUUGACGGAUCACUGUGAAGCAGACGAAACUGCUGAUCUUCAUCGAGGCGCGAGCACGAGUUCUGUAGGAAGUAAAAAUGCCGAAAAAGGUAAGAAAAACAACCCACUCGGUUUCCUGCCGACCCUACCGCCGUUCUUGGGCAAGACCAAGAAGAAGUCGGCAAGAAACAACAUGGCCAGUAUGGUGGUUCCAAUUACGCGAAAAGUCCGGCGUCCUAAGGCGACCCGCGACCAGGACGAGGAGGAGCUAGCCUUGGUGGGGGACGAUGCCAAACUUUUGUUAGACGAUGAUCGACCCACGACGGAACUUUUGCCAAAUUACGCACGCCCGGUACCCGUCGUACGCACCGGUGGUACCCGUAUUGGUAACCUUAUCGAGAACAAUCCAGUGGUAUUCUUGGGCAUUGCUGGAGGCGCCAUUACAGUAUUGCACUUUGCGUCCGAAGCAAAGAUUACUAUGGACGUUGACAUUGCUCUUCUGGUUAUCUUUGCUGCAUUUUGCCUUGGUUUACAUACGCCCCGUCCAAUGGUAGGGGGUUUUGACCGUCCCCCUACCAUGAAGGGUACUUUUCAGGCCGAUGGCCAUCGCAAGCUCAUGCGGCGUUCGAUGAUUGUUGCUGUACCUGUGCCUGGUGAAGUUCGAGAGGAAGCGGAAGAGCCAGAUAUCAUUCUUGGAAGUCCUUUGCCUGUUUUUCCGUUGGGUGCCAAAAUUGGAUCGCACAACAAUUGUUGGUCAGAGCCGGAUCCAGCGACUUUCCAAGUACGUGGUGACAAGUAUCUCCAAGACAAGAAGAAGAUGGCAUCUGGGGAGUUUAUGUUUCCGGUGCGCGGUGUGGAUUUAUUUCUGACAGACACGUGUCCCGAAAAUGUUGGGAGUAAUUCGAGUGUCUUUGGUGGACGCUUACGCGAAAAACCUACUUUUCUCAUCAACUUUCGGUUGCCGUGGGGUGUGCUGAUUUUCUAUUUCGAAAUUCCGGAAAAGUUUGUUCCAUUCUUGCAGGCUUGUUAUGAAGACGAUUUCGACAAGUCGACUCUCGCUGAGCUAGGACCUAUGUCUGCAGCGGACAGAACUGUGUGUCGCUUUUUAAUGAAAAACAUGGCUCACAAGAACAAAACAUUAAAAAUUGUUCCAGUUGUUGUAGCAGGGCCUUGGGUGGUCAAGAGUGUUGUUGGUGGGAAACCGGCAAUUGUUGGUAACAAGUUACCCAUUAAUUACCUCUACGCGCCUGCCAAAGACGACAAGGCUUGUUACUUGGAAGCUGACCUGGAUAUUGUUGCGUCAUCCGCCGCCCGAGGUAUUCUCUCUGUAGCUCGAACGUAUACGCAAGACUUGACAAUUGAUCUCGGCUUCGUCAUUCAGGGAAACACCGAAGACGAGCUUCCGGAACAGAUGCUGGUGGGCUGCCGAUUGCAUGGCGUCGAUCCUUUGAACGCGGCCUCGAUGCCGCCUAUGAAAGACGAUCUCAUGAUCAACAGUAGCUUGUCGGCGGAUGAUGACAGUGUAACGCCCACGUUGCAAGCGGAAUGAGCUCUGAACCAAAAGCUCAUUAGGGGAGAAAAAUUUAUAUUCACAAAUUCCAUAAAGACAAGGUUCGCUAACCUUAUAGCAAAAGGAACUAGAGGAUUCGCUGUCGCUUACCUCAUGAGUGAAUAGGUAGGUAUUUUGUGUCCACCAGUUGUAAAAGUGCGAUUACCCAAAG